GCGGUCAUUGUCAUUCACAAGAGAGCGUUCGCCGCCGCCGCUCUCUCCUUGACCGCCAGUUGCGCAGGACAUUCUUGCCACAAUUACCGACCCCAAGCCUACCGCUCACCACACCCCGCCCCCAUUCAUGGCGUCGGCCAUCGACGUCAGAAGCCACAAGCAACCAUAUCGCUUCCCCCUCUCUCCACCCAGCUCAGGCACUGUCACCGCUCUCUCCUCCCCAAGCCUUGCAGACAUCAGUCCGACCAAGGGCAAUGCCUUCGACAAGCAUCUUGCAGCUGCUUGGCCCGUCACCCCGCGCCGCACUGGACGGCGCGCUACCGACAGCACCGGUGAAUCCGACGGGUACAUCACUGAGCGCACGACGCCCAGGGGUGGCGCGCGCCCCACCAUGUCGCGCACGCAUUCGGGUAGAGCACUCACUCUGCCCCCCUCCGCGAGUACGCCCGCACUCGGCCACAAGAAAUUCACCAUAGGCGCCCCCUCCAGCGGCUCGCGCAUCCCGUUCCACAGAUCGCCGUCUGCCAGCUCCGCAAGCUCUUCGUCUGCGGAGAAGGACACAUCUCAGCCCCCGCACCCCUCGUCCGGCAUUGGGCGCAAGGUUGCCGCCAAUCUCAGUCUCUUUCGUGAGACCGAUGGCGCGCAGGCGGACGUUCAGGCCGAGGCUACGGCCGAAGCGACCGCCUUCCAUCGUCGCACCCCGUCGUCGAGCAAGACAGACGUCGCCAAGUUCCAAUUCGUCAAGCGUUCGGACUGGCCCGAGCGCGAGGCCGCAGCGGUUCGUCGCGAGAAGAGCUACAACGGGCUUCAGCGAACUCGCACACGGGAGAGUACUCGGGAGGAGGAUGACCACGAGGAGCGGAAGGAGCGCACGAGCGGCCACCGUAACAGCAGCAGCCAGGACGUUGCGCAGUGGCGUGAGGACGUCCUCGUCUCCACCAGAGGACGCCCGCGAGAACGAGCACCCUCGCGCUCUCCGCCUCGAGAACACAAGCACAAGGCCCCAUCCCCCGAGUUCAGUCGUGAACGACGGCCGCGCCUACCUUCCGCACGCCCCGCAUUGCAGCGACAGUCGAGGUCGAUCACUCUACCCGAGCAGCCGUCCUCCCCCACCGACUCGCCAACAGUGCAGUCGCCGUUCGAUUCGGAUGACGACUCGGCAUGGGGCUCGUCCCAGUCCGUUACCUCCGCGUCCAUUACCUCUGGUCCCGACAUAUCACCAGCCCAUGAUGCUCCCUCCCCCCUCCUGCCCGCCUCCGAACUCCAUGGUUUCUCGACUUUCCAGUCUCACACCGACGGACCAAGUCCACGUCAUGGCGAUCAUGGCGAAGACGAUGUCUUCGAUGUCGAGCUCGAUCUCUCACAGGAGAACCUCCCGCACAUCCCCUUGCGGCCCUUUCGGAACCAGGUCGGUGGUCAUAGCGCCAUCUACAAGUUCACGAAGCGUGCUGUCUGCAAGCCUCUUGUGUCCCGCGAAAACUUAUUCUACGAAUCGGUCGAGCGCGAGGCUCCACCUUUAUUGGACUUCAUCCCGCGAUAUCUUGGCGUUAUGCUCGUCUCGUAUAGGCGUGUACCCAAGCAGCACCAAUCUCCAUCACCGGACUCCCCGAAGUCACCACCUACAUCGGCGGCGGCACGUCCGUCAUUACUCAAAGCUGCCACCGAAGUGCCUCGAUCAUCCCCGCGAUUCUCAUCAGUUGCCUCACAAGACGAGGACGACGGGAACGAGUCGGACACAGAGGAGACGGAGAUGCCUGAGGUGAUGCUAGAUCACAACCGACACAUCAUCCCGGAAUGGAUGCUACGCGGCGGACGGACUCGAUCACUAUCUCAAUCCAACGCGAACGCGCCGCCGCGGAUCUUCGACCGGCGGUUUAAGCGUGCGCACUUGAGCGUCGGUACUGCCUCCAGUCCCGACCUUAACGGUCCCUCCUGCAAUGCCCUCCCUCGCUCGAGUCCCUUAUCACGGUACCCGCCCUUUGUCUCUGCUGAGAUGGAGGCUCCUACCCCCGCCAACUCGCCCAGCACGCAAGUUCGCUCCCUGCCUGGGCGAUACACGGACGAUGCGAGCGCCAAACAUCGCAUGGCCAUCUCAGAUGAGGAUGCUCCCAUCCGCCCCCAGUUCCGUCCAUUCAACUCAGCUGCGCCUACUCCGUUCAACGGCACCGGCUCGACCAUGGUGAACACCCGGCUGAAAGACCACGUCUUCAGUACCAUCUUCCGUCGAAUGCGGCGACGGACAGGCGGUCGCCUGGCGUUGGGUACCCGCACCGAGGACGAAUAUGUGCACGGUGGCGACGACAGUGACGCAUCUGGCGGGAGGGCGAGGCGCGGGAAGGUGCUCAGUCACGCCGAACCUCCUCGUCCUAUGGACGAGCAGACACAGGACGUGCCUAUCCGUCGGGUGCAGAGCGAAUCUGUCAUCGCCACCCCUGCGAAGAUGGAGGCAUUGGCGCGCGAGCAUCGGGACAACGAACCCGUGAUGGACGUCUUCGACAUGGAGUACGACCCCGAGCAGCCCGCGUCCAACAGCUUUGCGCUGUCGCCGUCUUUGGGAAGGAAGAGGAGUCGAUCUCGCUCACUCGACGUCUCACCCUCUCGCCUCCUGCAGCAGACUCAGUGUCACCGUCCCCAACCGUCUUCGCGGUCCUUGCCAGAAGCCCACAUCCCGGAGUCAGGCGAAAGCGCAUCGGUUACUCGCCAAAACCACUUCAUCCUUAUGGAGGAUUUGACGGGACGGUUAAAGCACCCUUGCGUGAUGGACCUCAAGAUGGGCACCCGCCAGUACGGCAUGGAUGCCACCAUCGCCAAGAAGAAGUCGCAGCGCAAGAAGUGCGAGCGCACGACGAGCAAAACGCUGGGCGUACGUGUAUGUGGCAUGCAGGUGUGGAACCACAAGACGCAGUCGUACGUCACGCAAGACAAAUAUCGUGGCCGCGAGCUCAAGGCGGAGGACUUCCGCCCUGUUCUCGCCUCCUUUCUGUGGGACGGCGAACGCUUGCUUGCACACCAAAUUCCGACGCUGCUGCAGAAGGUAUAUAACCUUGCGCGGAUCAUCAGUCGGCUGAAGGGUUAUCGCUUCUACGGAUGCAGCCUGCUGCUCAUCUACGAUGGCGAUCGCGAGUCGCAAGAGGUCUUCCGCGCCUCCGCUCUUGAAAAUCCCUCUUCGCGUAGCAAGCGUGGCGAGUCUCUGGAGCGGCAAUCGCGGGUGCGCACGGACCGGCAAAAGGAAGAGAAGCCCUUACUGCGACGGUCACACAGUGAGGACUUACUUGUCGGGCCCGUCGCGGCGCGGUCGAAUCGCCGGCGCAAGCGUGGCGAGAUCAACGUGAGAAUCGUCGACUUCGCGCAUACAACAACAGGUCACGACUGGCUGCCACAUCCCAAUGACAACCACAAGUGCGUGCCGUUGGAGGUGACCUCGAGUAGCAGUGGGUAUCAGGCAGAGAUCGACCCUCAAACGGGGCUUAUCUAUGCCCGUUUCCCGCCACACUACCCCGACCAGCCUGACAGAGGGUUCCUUUUCGGGCUGAAGAGCAUUGCGGAGUCGCUGGAGCAGAUAUACUAUGACGAGCGUAUUCAUCGUAUCAAGGUAUCUCGCGACGAUCCGAUGGCAGUCUCACGCCAGCUCCCGCCUUUGGCUACGGAUGGGAAGGAGAUCUUCGAGGAGUUGUUUGGGAGCCCGGAAGGGGGCGAGGAUCUGGGAUGCAUCUCGACGUAGUGGAUCGUCUUUGCGGACUGCUUUUUCUGUGUUCUGUGCUGUAGUGCUUUCCUGUCUCGGUUUCUGUCGAAGCUUGCAUCUAUUCAUUUCUAUCUAUCGCUCGCAUCCGCAUAGUUUAGACAGGCAUGUAAUGACCAUUGAAUGCAAGGGGAACAUUAGGGAAUUCUCACCCGCCAGAAGUGAGAAACGA